AUGAAUAAUAAUCAGAAUUUAUCUAUUGUUAAAUAUUCUUAUCUUAAAAUUCUUCGUAUUCGACAAGUUCAUGAUGAUUAUAUCGAAGAAUUUCUUUUUCAUACAAAAACAUAUUUUGAAAAUAUUCUUCUUGAUGUUAAUUAUAAAGCAUUAGAAAGAGUAACAGAGAAUUUUACAAGAGAUGAUACACGAAUUAAUUCAGCCAAAAUAAAUGAAAUAUAUUUAUUUGGAGAUGUAAAAUAUCCGAGAUUUUUACAUGAUUAUUUUCCUUUUGCAAAAAUACAUUGA